GUCCCCGCCCCGGGUCAGGGGUGAGAGGCCGCAGAGUGGCCCAGGCACACUGGGGUAAGUGAUGUGCUGCCCAGAGUCUUGUCCUGUAUGCCCUAGGGAGAGGACCCCUUCCUUCCCCCACCUCGCGCACAGCGUAUGAGGCCCCGGCGGAAGGAGCGCGGCACUUCCGGCUCUUGCUUUAAUUCCCCCGCGCCAGAGGGUUCCUCGGUGGGUGUCACCAUGGAACCGGCUUUUGCAGCGUAGGGCCAGGAGCUCGGAGAUCUUCUGGUUUGAACCGAGCAGACCUCUCGUUCUCGCCUUCGGGAUCGCAGUGUGUUCCCACGCCCCAGACCCCACGCGUGUCGACGCUCUGAGGACGUUCGCGCCUACCUUGCCGAAUUCCUCCCCACCGAACUGUCACCUCCUCCUCUGCGCUCCCCGAGCCACUUCCCCACCCCAGGUUUCCUUGUGUCCAAGCUGGGCGCUCCCUGUGCCCAAGGAUGCCCCAUCCCUCUUUGCGAAUCAAACCAGCUCAAGCUGUUGUGUCGCCCCUCCCACACCUCGAACCCUUUGGGAGCUCCAGGACUGCUCCGGCACCAGCGCCUCAAGCAUAAGCCGACCUCUGAGCCGCUCAAGCCCCCCUCCCCCUCUUCCAAGAUCAUUCUGAAGCUCUGGCGGAAUUUAUGGGACUCAAGCCAGAGAGGAAGAACCAGGAAAGUUGACAAUCAUCGUUUGGGUCACAAUGUCAGGAAUCGGCAAUAAGAGAGCUGCUGGGGAGCCUGGUACUUCUGUACCUCCAGAGAAGAAGGCUGCUGUUGAAGACUCAGGGACCACAGUAGAAACUAUUAAACUAGGGGGUGUGUCUUCCACGGAGGAGUUAGAUAUCCGGACGCUGCAGACCAAAAAUCGUAAAUUGGCAGAGAUGCUGGAUCAGAGACAGGCUAUUGAAGACGAGUUGCGUGAGCAUAUUGAGAAAUUGGAACGCCGGCAGGCCACUGAUGACGCUUCUUUACUUAUUGUUAACCGAUAUUGGAGUCAAUUUGAUGAAAACAUCCGCAUCAUCCUUAAACGUUAUGAUCUGGAACAGGGCUUAGGAGACCUGCUCACAGAAAGAAAAGCCCUUGUAGUUCCUGAACCAGAACCAGAUUCAGAUAGCAAUCAGGAACGUAAAGAUGACCGAGAGAGAGGGGAGGGACUGGAGCCAGCUUUCUCCUUCCUUGCUACUUUGGCCAGCAGCACCAGUGAGGAGAUGGAAUCACAGCUACAGGAGCGUGUGGAGUCCUCUCGUCGAGCUGUGUCUCAGAUAGUAAUAGUUUAUGAAAAGCUGCAAGAAAAGGUGGAUGUACUGUUUCGCAAGCUAAAUAGUGGAGAUGCUUUGGCUGUGGAGGAAGCAGUCCAGGAGCUGAAUUCCUUCUUGUCCCAUGAGAAUGGCCGGCUUCAGGAAUUGGCAGACCUUCUUCAGGAGAAGCACCGCACCAUGUCUCAGGAGUUUUCUAAGUUGCAGAGUAAGGUGGAAACUGCAGAGUCACGGGUAUCUGUUUUAGAGACGAUGAUUGACGAUUUGCAGUGGGAUAUUGACAAGAUACGCAAGAGGGAGCAGCGCCUCAACCGGCACCUCGCCGAGGUCUUAGAGCGGGUGAAUUCCAAAGGUUAUAAAGUGUAUGGAGCUGGGAGCAGUCUCUAUGGUGGCACAAUCACUAUUAAUGCUCGAAAGUUUGAAGAGAUGAAUGCGGAGCUUGAGGAGAACAAAGAAUUGGCUCAGAACCGUCUCUGUGAGUUAGAGAAGCUUCGGCAAGACUUGGAAGAAGUGACUGCCCACAAUGAGAAGCUCAAGGUGGAGUUGCGGAGUGCCGUGGAAGAAGUCGUAAAGGAAACCCCAGAAUACCGAUGUAUGCAAUCACAGUUUUCUGUCCUCUAUAAUGAGAGCCUACAGUUGAAAGCACAUUUGGAUGAAGCUCGUACCUUGCUUCAUGGCACUAGGGGAACUCACCAACGCCAGGUGGAACUCAUUGAGCGGGAUGAAGUCAGCCUCCAUAAGAAGCUAAGGACAGAAGUGAUCCAGUUAGAAGACACACUGGCACAGGUCCGCAAGGAAUAUGAAAUGCUGAGGAUAGAGUUUGAACAGACCCUGGCUGCCAAUGAGCAAGCAGGCCCCAUAAACCGGGAAAUGCGGCACCUUAUCAGCAGCCUUCAGAACCACAAUCAUCAGCUAAAGGGAGAGGUCUUAAGGUAUAAGCGCAAACUAAGAGAGGCCCAGUCUGAUUUGAGCAAGACCCGCCUCCGCAGUGGCAGUGGCCUUCUGCAGUCCCAGUCUAGUACUGAAGACCCCAAAGAAGAACCUAUGGAGAUCAAGCAGGAACCAGAGGACUCUUCCACCCAGUCCUCAGCGCUCAAGGCUGCGCAAGAAGAGGCCAGUGAGACCAAGGCCAAAAGAGAUGAGGAAGAACGAGAACGGGAAAGGCGUGAAAAGGAGAGGGAACGGGAGAAAGAAAAGGAAAAAGAAAGAGAGCGAGAGAAGGAAAAGGAGAGAGAGCGGGAAAAGCAGAAGCAGAAAGAAUCGGAAAAGGACCGAGAAUCCAGCAAAGAUAAGGAGAAAGGGAAGCAUGAAGAUGGAAGGAAGAAAGAAGCAGAGCUGAUUAAGCAACUGAAGGCUGAACUCAAGAAGGCACAAGAGAGCCAAAAGGAGAUGAAACUCUUGCUAGAUAUGUAUCGUUCCGCUCCCAAGGAGCAAAGAGACAAGGUUCAACUAAUGGCAGCUGAGAAAAAGGCCAAGGCUGAGUUGGAAGAUCUGAGGCAAAGGCUCAAGGACCUAGAGGAUAAAGAGAAAAAGGAAAGCAAAAAAAUGGCUGAUGAAGAAGCCCUGCGGAAGAUCAAGGCAGUGGAGGAGCAGAUAGAAUACCUGCAGAAGAAACUGGCUGUGGCUAAGCAGGAAGAAGAUGCUCUGCUCUCGGAGAUGGAUGUCACAGGGCAGGCAUUUGAAGACAUGCAGGAGCAGAAUAUCCGUUUAAUGCAGCAGUUGAGAGAAAAAGAUGAUGCUAAUUUCAAGUUGAUGUCAGAACGCAUCAAGUCAAAUCAGAUCCAUAAAUUACUCAAAGAGGAGAAGGAGGAGCUCGCAGACCAGGUUCUGACCCUGAAGACUCAGGUGGAUGCUCAGCUACAAGUCGUAAGGAAACUGGAGGAGAAGGAACAUCUCUUACAGAGCAACAUUGGCACAGGAGAGAAGGAGCUGGGUCUUCGGACACAGGCUUUGGAGAUGAAUAAGCGCAAGGCAAUGGAAGCAGCCCAGCUUGCAGAUGACCUCAAAGCACAGCUAGAGUUGGCACAGAAGAAACUUCAUGAUUUUCAGGAUGAAAUUGUGGAGAACAGCGUGACCAAGGAAAAGGAUAUGUUUAAUUUUAAACGGGCCCAGGAAGAUAUUUCCAGACUUCGAAGGAAGCUAGAGACUACAAAGAAACCAGACAAUGUACCUAAAUGUGAUGAGAUCCUCAUGGAAGAGAUCAAGGACUAUAAGGCCCGACUAACCUGUCCAUGUUGCAACAUGCGCAAGAAGGAUGCUGUACUUACCAAGUGCUUCCAUGUAUUCUGCUUUGAGUGUGUGAAGACACGUUAUGACACCCGCCAGCGUAAAUGUCCAAAGUGUAAUGCUGCCUUUGGUGCCAAUGACUUCCAUCGCAUCUAUAUUGGUUGAACUAGGUUAUGAGCAGAGGAACAGAAAGUCAGGAUAGAUAUUCUUUCAUGAACCAUCAAACUGUUACCUCUUCUCUCCUUACUGUCACUGGAAAGGCCACAUGUUGCCAUUCACAGACUCCUGCCCGUGUUCUUCUCCAAAAUAACUGGGUGACUCCAAUGAGAGAAUUGGGUAAAUAAAGGGACUAGGUUUGUGGGAAGAAGUAAAAAUGAGCAAAUGAUUGACUACCUUCCCUUCUAGCUUAAAUUUCUUUAGGAUCCCACUGUACCAUCUUGGCCUGUUGGUUUAUCCCCCCUCCCAAAGAUACUGAGUUGGUAUUAUUGCUGUGGAGUAGUACUGAUUUUGUACUAAUUGGAGAACAAAGAGGGGGAAAGAGUUGGCAGGGGGCAGGCUGAAGAAAGCCAGAGCUCCUUAGCAGAAAGUUGCCUUUGGGCAUUCUUUGGUUUGUAAACUUGUAGCACAAAAGUGUCCUAGUGGCACUCUUCUUUAGACAACGUGAGCUGAUGCUCUCAGGUAUGAGGUACCUUUAAGGGCCAGUUACAGAAUAUCUGGUGGCACCUUUGUUGUUGCAGAGUUUUUAAUUGGUGGAAGACAUUAAGUAAAGUCUUUAAUUCCUCCCAGGCCGGAAUUGUUGCAAACAGCAUAACCCCUUUCUGAUUUUCCAUGUGGCUACAAUUGGAAGAGAUGAAAGAACCAGACUGAGGUGAUGAGAUUCUGGGCUAGCAUUCUAGUGGAGGAUACCAUGAGGCCUUGGUGAGCUGUGACUCCUCUGUUCACUUUCCUGGGGUGUUGUCAGUCUUCAUUUUCCUGAGGACUGUUUGUAGUGUUUUCCAUCAGACUUUGUACUUGACAAAUGCCAAUUAAAACAUGGGUCAAUUUA